CCAAUGGGCGCGCGGUGACGUCGGGGCCGUACAAAGGCGCCUCCCGGCGGCCGCGGCCCAGUGCGGGGCCGGGACCGGGAGCGGGACCAGGAGCGGGGACGGGACCAGGGCCGGGACCAGGACCGGGAGCGAACGGGAGCGGCCGCCGCCAUGUGCGACUUCUCGGAGGAGCAGACCGCCGAGUUCAAGGAGGCGUUCCAGCUCUUUGACCGCACCGGGGACGGGAAGAUCCUGUACAGCCAGUGCGGGGACGUGAUGCGGGCGCUGGGCCAGAACCCCACCAACGCCGAGGUCAUGAAGGUGCUGGGCAACCCCAAGAGCGAUGAGAUGAACCUGAAGACGCUGAACUUCGAGCAGUUCCUGCCCAUGAUGCAGACCAUCGCCAAGAACAAGGACCAGGGCUGCUUCGAGGACUACGUCGAGGGGCUGCGGGUCUUUGACAAGGAGGGCAACGGCACUGUCAUGGGCGCCGAGAUCCGCCACGUCCUCGUCACCCUGGGUGAGAAGAUGACGGAGGAGGAGGUGGAGCAGCUGGUGGCCGGGCACGAGGACAGCAACGGCUGCAUCAACUACGAAGCGUUUGUGAGACACAUCUUGUCAGGGUGAAGCCGCAGGGAGCUGGUCCGGAUGGUGCUGAGCGGCUGAAGACCUACGUACCAACCCACCCCCCCCAUCCCGCAGUCUGGGUUUUGUGCCUUUUCCCCUUUUUUUUUUUUUCUCCUUCCCCAUUGCCCCCCCCCCCCCCCCCCCCCCACUGCUGAACUCCCCCCACGCCCCACCCCCCCCCCCCCCACCGCUCCAGCCCCACCGGCUAAGUUAUUGCUCCGCAAAUAAAGAGGCAGCGGAGA